AUGGAUUUCUUGAAGCAAAGGUCCAUUUGGGCCCUGUUUCUGGUCCUCGGCCUGGCCUCAGCCCACGGCGAUCAUGAAAAUGUCCCAGCGGGCGAAACCAUCUCUCAAGAUCCGAUUGACUCGACCCUAUGGAUCCAUAUGAUUCUUAUGGGAUUCACUUUCGGUAUCGUCUUCCCACUGGGUAUGGUCCUAGGUCAGAUUAUUCGUUCUCGCUGGCACGUCCCCGUCCAGGUUGUCGGAACCAUCAUCGCAGUCGUCGCCUACUUCCUCGGCCAUGCGCACAAGGGUCGCCAAUUCGCCCCGAACGUUCACCACUCCUUCGCAAACUGGUUGAUGCUCAUGCUCGUUGCACAAGUCGGACUGGGAUUCUAUUUGAAACUCCACCUUGAGAAGGGUGGUCAGGGCCGUAUCCGAUGGAUCUUCGUGCUUGCGCACGGCGUCAUCGGUAAGGCCAUGCCGGUUGUCAGCUGGGCGCAGAUGCUGUUCGGUGGUAUUGCCAUGAUGGGCUUCUGUCAGGCGGACCACAUGGGACAGUGUCUUGCGCACUUUAUCAUGGGCUCAGCUUUUAUCGGGUACGGUAUCUGUUUGACCAUUCUUCUCUUGGUGGGACAGUACUGGCUGCGUCGGACUGGCCGGAGCCAGGAGUUCUUCGACUCAUUGAUUAUCGCGGCGUGGGGCUGUGUGAACACUUUCACUGAGCACCGGUGGGGACAGGAGUGGGGACACAAUGAUUUGCAGCACACCACUAUGGGAAUUGUAUGGUGGUGUGCUGGUCUCUUGGGAAUUUGGUUGAGCCGCAGCCGUGAUGGCCGCCCCAAGCGCAAUCUUAUUCCUGCGAUUGUGAUUUUGAUGACUGGUUAUGCGAUGUCGGCUCACGCGCAGAGUCUGAUGAUCAGUACCAUGAUCCAUUCGGUCUUCGGAUACACCUUGAUGGCCGCUGGAUUGACUCGCAUCAUCGAGAUUUCCUUUGUGUUGCGUGACAAGCCUGCUAUCAGUAUGAGCGGUCGUGACCCGAAUAGCUUCCAGUACCUGACUCCAUUUUUGCUGUAUGCCUCCGGGUUCUUGUUCAUGGGUGCCACAGAAGAGCAAAUGCAGCUUCUCAACGAUGCUGGCAUUACCCACGUCUCAUACGUGCUGAUCCUCUACAGUGUUGCCUUCAUCAUGUUCCUCUUCGUAAACGUUCUGUUGCACAUCUACGCUGUCCACGCUUGGCCCCAGGGCAACGAAGAAGAGGCACCCAAGUACACCAACCCCAAUGGCACCUACAUGAAUGGCAAUGGACGUGCUCGCUCCAACUCCGAGGCUCAGCGCAUCCAGGAUGCUGAAGGUUUCGAGUUGCAGGGCCUGAUCAGUGACGACGAAGAUGAGGAGGAAGGCACCUCCAUGGGCCCCAAAAAGACAGCCGAUGAAGAGAUGGGCGCAAAAGAGACGACUCAUGCUUGA